AUGGAUAUUGACCAUGAAUCAUUGAUUGAAUUCGAACAAGGAUUAGGUGAUUCUAAUCCUAAAGAUACUUCCAUCACCUUACACAAUCUAGAAAUCAAGAUCGAAUAUAAUAUUGUCCCCAAUAAUGAUAUUGAAAGUAUUGAAGUGAUUAAUAUUGAUGAUUACUUUAGUAAAUAUUCCUAUGAUUUAGAUGAGUUUACUACAUGUAGUGAAUGUGGGAAUUCUAUCAACACCAAUAACAAAUGUUGUUUACAAUAUGUUGAAGAUUCCAAACAUCUUUCAUCAUUAGAACGAUCAUAUUGGUUAUCAUUCAUAAAUUGUCCCACCAGAACUAUCAACACCUUACCCAAUUAUUCUCAAUUUUUAUUCUUACAACAAGGGAUUCCUUAUCAGAUGAGACAAGCUAUUUGGAAAAAGUUGUUCUUAAUCAAUUAUAACAAUCAGAUUCCAGAAACUUCAUUAUUGGUAUAUAAGAACUUUCAACAUUCAUAUAAUACUGAAACUUCUGAUCAAAUUUCUAAGGAUUUGAAUAGAACCUUCCCCAGCAUUAAAUUUUUCAGUGAGGAGGAUAAUAUUAGACAUUUGGAAACCAUUUUGAACGUAUAUGCCAAUUAUGAUGUCGAAUUAGGGUAUUGUCAAGGACUAUUAUUCUUAGUUGGAUCAUUAUAUUAUCAAUUCAAAGACCCUCAAUUGACAUUCCACGCACUUAUUACUAUCAUGGAAAGUGAAACUGAAUUACAUGAUAUCUUUACUCAAGAAUUGAUGUCUAUAACGUUAAACAAUUGGUAUAAUCAAUUCAAAAACAUCUUCCAGCAUACUGACCCCGAGUUAUAUUAUCAUUUAAUGACAUUUGUUGAUUUAAAAGUGUUCUUAUAUCAAUGGUGGUUAUCAUUUAUGUCUAGUCAUACACCAUAUUUUUCAAUUAUCAAUAGAAUCAUGGACUUUUGUUUACUCCAAGGGUGGAAAAUUGGAAUGUUUAAGAUCUCUUUAGGAUAAUUGUUGAUCAAUAAACCUAUUUUGAUGACAAUGGCUGAAGGUGAUGAAGAAGUUAUCUAUCAACAUUUAUUAAAUGAAUCCAAAUGGGGAUUGGUUAUCCAUGAUAUCAACGGAUUCUUUGGUGAUUUAUUGUUUAAUAUUGAUGCCAAAUUAUUAUUGAAUCAACAUAAGAACAAACCAAUGAAAACCCAUAAACGUACACAGUCAUCCAUGAUGGAUAAAUUCAAGAACUUGAAUAUUUCCAGUUACUCAAUCCCUUCAUCCAGUUCAAUCUUUUCAAGGAAGAAUCACGAUGGUGAUUCAAUUUAUUCUGAAUCAACCUGUGAAUCUGAUGCCUCCGACAAAGAUCAUUUGAAAGUACCUACAGAUAAGGGAAAGAUGUAUAGAGAUUUGUUGAGUAAAUGUUUAGAUCAUAUUGAGGAUGAAACAUUAAGGAAAGAGAUCAUGGAAGUUUUAUAA